AGUCUAAAUUCGCUUUCAUCAGGGUUUGUUCAUCACCAUGCUGUUGAUUACUCUGAAAGCCUUCAGGCAAAAUAUUCAUUUACCCAGAACAACAAGGUGAUGGAGAUCCAUCGGUCUACAGUGAUUCUGCUGCUGCUCUUGAGUGUGUCGUCCUUCACUCACGGUCAACCAGCAGAUGUAAUGCGUCGUUAUCAAAAAUUCCUCACUCAGCAUCAGGGUCCUUAUGUGAAUGUGGAGAUGUGUACCGAUGAAAUCAGCGACAGAAACAUCGGCUCUGAAACUGGUGAAUGCAAACCUGUCAACACCUUCAUACAAGCGCAAGAUCAUCAAAUUAAAGCAGUUUGCAGCGGAGGAACUCGACUGUACAAUGACAGAAACCUGUUUGAGAGUGCCACGCCAUAUUCUGUGGUCACGUGUAGAUUAAAAAGUGGGCAGUGGCCAAACUGUGAAUAUUAUAGAGGGAGGUUGUCCACGCGUUACAUUGUGUUAGCUUGUGAUCAAGGCUGGCCUGUACAUUAUCAAAGCAUGUAAGUAAUGUACUGAGGACAGGCUGAAUAGAGCCUCUUUACAAUACUUUGCUAAUCAUUUGUUCACUUCUCCUUUUCUGUUUUUGUUUGUUUCUAAAGUGCAAAAAAUAUAUAUAUCAGAGAC